GCGCAAGCCCCGUGUGGGUGGGGUGGAAGUUCAGAAUGCUAUAAGAAGCAUUAGGGUGAUGAACAAAUGUGAGCUGGAGCAGGAGAAGCAACAUGGGAGAGCUGCGUGUCCGCUCCGCUCUGGUGACUGGGGCCAACCGGGGAAUCGGCCUCGGGCUCGUCCAGCACCUGCUGGCAUUGCCAAACCCACCUGAGUGGGUCUUUGCAACUUGUCGCGAUCCCAGGGGACAGCGAGCGCAGGAGCUGCAGAAAUUGGCCUCCAAGCACCCCAACCUGGUCAUCGUCCCGCUCGAAGUCACCGAUCCCGCCAGCAUCAAGGCGGCCGCAGCCAGCGUCGGGGAGCGCCUCAAGGGCUCGGGGCUGAACCUCCUCAUCAACAACGCUGGGAUCUUAAAGGGAAACACGCUUGACAAUGAAACACUGAAGGACAUGGCCGAGGUGUACAUGACCAACACCAUCGCACCUCUGCUGCUCUGCCAGGCAUUCCUGCCACUGCUGAAGAAGGCAGCCCAGGGGAGCCCAGGCUCAGGGAUGAGCUGCAGCAAAGCAGCCAUUGCCAACAUUUCCAGCAGAUCGGGUUCAAUCAAAGAAGUCUACUUAUGGGAAGGCGUGCAAGCUGUCUGUUACCGCUGCAGCAAGGCUGCUCUCAACAUGCUCACCAGGUGCCAGUCCAUGGGGUACCGCGAACACGGCAUCCUCUGUGUCACUUUCAAUCCUGGCUGGGUGCAGACAGACAUGGGAAAAGAAGGAGGAGACAAGGUAGGAGCUUCCCCACGUUGGGUCCAUGCACAGCCUGUGCUGGUCUCCCACGGAGGCUGCUGUCUCCCGGAGCCCUGCACCAAGACCCCCUCAGGGUGCUGCUCCGUCAGCACCAUGGCAGCUCUCCCUGCCCUGGGAGCCCUGCGCAGCGCCAGCCCCGGCUCCUGGCAGCCCCGCCGCCCGCCUUCCCAGCUCUCACCCUCCUCCCAGGGCUCUGCUUCCCCCUGGUCCCGGCCGCUGCCUUCCCGCAGCCGGGCUCCAGGCCACAGCCUGGGCAGCCCUUGGGCACACACGCCUGCGUUUCUCCCUCUGCCCUGCAGCCCCCCGUGACGGUGGACGUGAGCG